CGGGGACAGGCGCGGAGCCGCCCUGGGCGCGCGGCGCUCGCGGGCUGUGGUCUGGGACGCGCGAGCGGGCGGGAGGAAUGGCGCGGCUCCGGGGCUGUUAGCGCGGCGGCGGGCACCGCGGGAAAGCCAUGGCCCGGCGGCGGCGCCGCGCCUGCAUCGCCCUCUUCCUGGUGCUGCUCUUCGCCUUCGGCACGCUCAUGGGGCUGCGCACGCUCAAGGCCCCGGACGGGCUGCCGGCGCUGGGCCCAGGCCCGGAGCUAGCACCGUUCGAGCGGCGUCCCGAGGGGAACCCCGCGCCCGCCCGCGCCCCGGCUGCCCCCGCCGCGCCGCCGCCGCCCCCGCCGCGCACCCCCGCCCCGCGCGCCUCUCUGGGCCCGGUCGAGGCCGAUCCUGCGCCCCGGCAGAGUCUGCGCGUCUACUCCGAUCUGCAUGCCUUUUACUACUCGUGGUACGGGAGCCCGCGGCGCGAGGGCCACUACAUCCACUGGGACCAUGUCAUGGUACCGCACUGGGACCCCAAGAUCUCGGCCAGCUACCCACGUGGCCGCCACAGCCCUCCAGAUGACUUGGGCUCCAGCUUCUACCCGGAGCUGGGGCCUUACAGCUCGCGGGACCCCGACGUGCUACGAGAGCACAUGACCCAGCUCAAAGAAGCUGCCAUCGGAGUUUUGGUUCUCUCCUGGUAUCCACCUGGCAUGGCUGAUGAUAAUGGAGAGCCCACAGACGACCUGGUACCUGCCAUUCUGGACACUGCCCAUCAGUACAACAUCCAGGUGGCCUUCCAUAUCCAACCCUACAAGGGCCGGGAUGACAUCACUGUCCACGACAACAUCAAGUACAUCAUUGACACGUAUGGCUCCCAUGGUGCAUUCUACCGUUAUAAGAAUAGCAUGGGCAAGAGCCUCCCACUCUUUUAUAUCUACGACUCCUAUCUGACAUCCCCUGAGGCCUGGGCCCACCUCCUGACACAAAAUGGGCCUCACUCUAUCCGCAACACUCCCUAUGAUGGGGUCUUCAUAGCUCUGCUCGUGGAGGAGAGCCACACCCACGACAUCCUCGCGGCAGGAUUCGACGGAAUGUACACCUACUUUGCCUCCAAUGGCUUCUCCUUUGGCUCUUCCCAUCAGAACUGGAAAGCUGUGAAGAACUUCUGUGAUACCAACAACCUGAUGUUCAUCCCUAGCGUGGGGCCUGGGUACAUUGAUACCAGCAUCCGGCCCUGGAACAACCACAAUACUCGGAACCGGGUCAACGGCAAGUACUAUGAGACAGCCCUGCAGGCGGCCCUGACAGUGAGGCCCGAGAUAGUCUCUAUCACCUCCUUCAAUGAGUGGCACGAGGGCACACAAAUUGAGAAAGCUGUCCCCAAGACGACGCCAACUCGCCUGUAUCUGGACUACCUGCCUCACCAGCCCAGCCUUUAUUUAGAGCUGACCCGCCGCUGGGCAGAGCACUUCAUAAAGGAAAAGGAGCAAUGGCUGAUGUGAGGGACUCUCACCCCAACAAACCUCAACAGAUCACCAAGCUGGUUCAGCUGAGGAUAUAGGCACUCGCUAGUCCCAAGUAGCAACUGGGAGCUUGUGGGUGGACCAGCUAGCUCAUGCAGAACAGAGCCUGGCACCUGGACUGGCGGUGUUAGGAAGCAAGACAUGAUGAAGCGGGAGGGGGGCAAGUGGCUGCAAUGGCUUAAGGAAGCUCCACGUCCCUCAGCUUUCAGCUGGGGCAGGUAGCUGUAUGGUGGAGUUGUGCAAGCCGCUGUGCUUAGGAGGGUCUCAGGGUUCUAAGCUAGCAUGCACCUUACUUCCUUUGGACAGCCGCCUUCCCACAUCUUGCUGAACACAGGGAACCACGUUUGACUUCUAAGAGGACUUUAAGGUCCUUCCAGUAGACUCCCGUGGCCCAUUAUCAGGAACACUGAGCACCCAUACUCAUUAUUAAGCACCUACUGUCUGUCAGGUGCUGGGGAAUUUGAGCAAGGUUUCCUUCCCAAAGCUUACAGGAUCCUGCUUUUGGCAUAACUGUAGCUAGAACCUGGGCUGUUUUCACUCUUUGCAGCUACACCCAGGCCUGGGAGUUCAGCUAUUUUUUUCCUCCAAGAUGAUACCUCUGUGACCCGGAGCCUUUCCCAGAUAAACAUCUAGCUGCAGAGGACUAGGUCACUCCUUUCAGCUGCCUAGGCCGGGGAGGCCACUCACUAGGGUCACUUUCAGUGCUACUGUGGUUUGUAUUAAGUAUGAUAUGGUGUGUGCCAGCACACACUCACUCCCCUUCAGCCCUCCUAUGUGCUGACCACUAGGUCAGUCUGGGACAAAUCAGCGUAUGGCUAGGCUGGCUGGCUUUAGCACAGUGGAGAUGGAUCUGCUUAUAAGACUAGUUUACAUAAGAUUUUUAGGGAGUUCACGAGCCAGUGCUUACUCACAAAUCAGCUAAUGCUACCUGCAAGGAUCCUUGGUAAAGUAAAACCUGAUGAAUAUUUUCAGCAAGAUUCCUGAAAAGAAAAUGUUCACUGGACCCUACCGGACUGGGUUACAGGCUAAAGCUGAGCCAUUAAGUUUGGAAAAUGGCUGCAGAUGGAGGAUGGGGUGAAAUACUGGUCACUGCAAGGACAACCAGCCCAGUCCCCGACACUAAACCCCUGAGACAGAUCGGCUGGGCUGACCACCCAGCUUGCAGCUUAGCGGAAAGGGCUGGAUUUAACCCGUGGUAACUGUAUCCCAUGCAUAUAUACUGUGGCUAUAGCAAGGCAGCAGGAAGGAGCAGGCAUCCUCAGAUUUUCUGGAUGCUUCUCUACAUCAACAGCCAUAAUGCACACAUAUAUCUUGACUGAGAAAUCCUACUCUAAGGAAAUAAUUCAAAAGAAAAAUAAACCAUUUACAACUGUUUAUAGAAGCAAUAUUUAAUAACAAAAUACAGUUCAAAUACCCCAAAAUAAUUAUGUAAAUACUUGGUAUACACAUGAACA